AUGAAGCCCCCCGGGCUUUUGAAGAUCGAGUUCACUUCCCUCCGCAGGGUUUUUAUCCUCCGCAGGUGGUUCUCCCUCCGCAGGGUGGUUCUCCCUCCUCUGCAGGUGGUUCUCCCUCCGCAGGGUUUCCAUCCCCUGCAGGUGGCCUUCCUUCCUCAGGAUUUCUAUCUCCCAGAGGUGGACGGCUAUCCUCCGCAGGUGGACGUCUUUCUUCCGCAGGUGGACUUCUAUCCUCCGCAGGUGGACUUCUAUCCUCCGCAGGUGGACUUCUAUCCUCCGCAGGUGGACGUCUUUCUUCCGCAGGUGGACUUCUAUCCUCCGCAGGUGGACUUCUAUCCUCCGCAGGUGGACGUCUAUCCUCCGCAGGUGGACUUCUAUCCUCCGCAGGUAGACUUCUAUCCUCCGCAGGUGGACGUCUAUCCUCCGCAGGUGGACGUCUUUCCUCCGCAGGUGGACUUCUAUCCUCCGCAAGUGGACGUCUUUCCUCCGCAGGUGGACCUUGUGGAUGUCCAGCCUCCCUCUUCUCCUCUAUCUUCAUCCCCUCCAGAUUCUCCCUCCUUUCUUUGUCCUUCCCCAGCACCUUCCUCUCCUGAUGUGGAUCCCUCGUCCCCCUCUGCUUCUUGCUCUUCUGUUUUUUCUUCCACAGAUUUCCAGAGCCCUGAGGAGUUCCUUGACUUCUUUGUCCAGACUCUGGAUUCAGCUCCUGCCUCCCCCACUACUUCUCCUCAGGUUCCUCCUAGCUAUGAGCUUAAAGAGUUCCUGGACUUUUCUCUGCAGACUCUGGAUCCAGCUCCUGUCUCCCCCACUAUUGCUCCUCUUCUUUUCCCUCCCAUCUUUGGUGCAGCCAUCCCCUCUUCUCCUGGCACUGCUCCUCCAUCUCCCCUCCUUGCUUCCACCUCACACUCUUUCUCUCCCUCUCCAGAUCCUGAGGCGUUUGUUUUAGGUCUAGAGCUUCCUAAUCUCCCUUCAGUUCCUGUUCCAGGUUUCUGUGAUCCAGGUGACUCAGUUCCUAACACUGCUUAUCCCUCUUGUUCCCGCAAACGUAGCAGGGACGAGUGCACUGCUGAGAACAGCUCCAAGAGGCGGCGCUGCUCCUCUCUUGCCUCUUCUUCUCUGGUCUCCCCUGUUCCCUCUUUGUCCUCCCGCUCUCUUUCCUCCUAA